AACUUUGCAGCGAGUCGAAAACUGAUGCUCCGGCCCCAGAUAACCUAACAUCGUUGCUGCUUUAAAAUCUCUUGGCCACCUUUGGUGAGGAGACUGGGCAGUUCUAGACAGUCCUGAAGUUCUCCAGGCACAGGUCUCUUCUUGGUUUGACUGACCUUACCCCUGGGAGGCAGUGCAGCCAGGUGCAAGCCCCACAGUGAAGAACAUCUGAGCUCAAAUCCAGAUAAGUGACCUAAGUGACCUGCUUUGCAAAGCCAUAGAGAUGGCCUGUCCUUGGAAAUUUCUGUUCAAGACCAAAUUCUACAAGUAUGCAAUGACUGGGGGAAAAGACGUCAACAACAACAUGGAGAAAGCCCCCUGUGCCACCUCCAGUCCAGUGACACAGGAUGACCUUCAGUAUCACAGCCUCAGCAAGCAGCAGAAUGAGUCCCUGCAGCCCCUCGUGGGGACAGGAAAGAAGUCUCCAGAAUCUCUGGUCAAGCCGGAUGCAACCCCAUUGUCCUCCCCACGGCACGUGAGGAUCAAAAACUGGGGCAGCGGGAUGACUUUCCAGGACACACUUCACCACAAGGCCAAAGGGAUUUUGACUUGCAGGUCCAAAUCUUGCUUGGGGUCCAUUAUGACUCCCAAAAGUUUGACCAGAGGACCCAGGGACAAGCCUACCCCUCCAGAUGAGCUUCUACCUCAAGCUAUCGAAUUUGUCAACCAAUAUUACGGCUCCUUCAAAGAGGCAAAAAUAGAGGAACAUCUGGCCAGGGUGGAAGCAGUAACAAAGGAGAUAGAAACAACAGGAACCUACCAACUGACGGGAGAUGAGCUCAUCUUCGCCACCAAGCAGGCCUGGCGCAAUGCCCCACGCUGCAUUGGGAGGAUCCAGUGGUCCAACCUGCAGGUCUUCGAUGCCCGCAACUGUUCCACCGCCCAGGAAAUGUUUGAACACAUCUGCAGACACGUGCGUUACUCCACCAACAAUGGCAACAUCAGGUCGGCCAUCACCGUGUUCCCCCAGCGGAGCGAUGGUAAGCACGACUUCCGGGUGUGGAAUGCUCAGCUCAUCCGCUACGCGGGCUACCAGAUGCCAGAUGGCAGCAUCAGAGGGGACCCUGCCAACGUGGAAUUCACUCAGCUGUGCAUCGACCUGGGCUGGAAGCCCAAGUAUGGCCGCUUCGAUGUGGUCCCCCUGGUCCUACAGGCUGAUGGCCGUGACCCUGAGCUCUUCGAAAUCCCACCUGACCUUGUGCUUGAGGUGGCCAUGGAACAUCCCAAAUAUGAGUGGUUUCGGGAACUGGAGCUAAAGUGGUACGCCCUGCCUGCGGUGGCCAACAUGCUGCUCGAGGUGGGUGGCCUGGAGUUCCCAGGGUGCCCCUUCAAUGGCUGGUACAUGGGCACAGAGAUCGGAGUCCGGGACUUCUGUGACGUCCAGCGCUACAACAUCCUGGAGGAAGUGGGCAGGAGAAUGGGCUUGGAAACGCACAAGCUGGCCUCGCUCUGGAAAGACCAGGCUGUUGUUGAGAUCAACAUUGCUGUGCUCCAUAGUUUCCAGAAGCAAAACGUGACCAUCAUGGACCACCACUCAGCUGCAGAAUCCUUCAUGAAGUACAUGCAGAAUGAAUACCGGUCCCGUGGGGGCUGCCCGGCAGACUGGAUUUGGCUGGUCCCUCCCAUGUCUGGGAGCAUCACUCCCGUGUUUCACCAGGAGAUGCUGAACUACGUCCUGUCCCCUUUCUACUACUAUCAGGUAGAGGCCUGGAAAACCCACGUCUGGCAGGACGAGAAGCGGAGACCCAAGAGGAGAGAGAUUCCGUUGAAAGUCUUGGUCAAAGCUGUGCUCUUCGCCUGUAUGCUGAUGCGCAAGACGAUGGCAUCCCGAGUCAGAGUCACCAUCCUCUUUGCGACAGAGACAGGAAAAUCAGAGGCACUGGCCUGGGACCUGGGGGCCUUGUUCAGCUGUGCCUUCAACCCCAAGAAACUGAAGAAAUCGCUCUUCAUGCUGAAAGAGCUCACCAACAAAUUCAGGUAUGCUGUGUUUGGCCUUGGCUCCAGCACGUACCCUCGGUUCUGCGCCUUUGCUCAUGACAUCGAUCAGAAGCUGUCCCACCUGGGGGCCUCUCAGCUCACCCCCACGGGAGAAGGGGAUGAGCUCAGUGGGCAGGAGGACGCCUUCCGCAGCUGGGCCGUGCAAACCUUCAAGGCAGCCUGUGAGACGUUUGAUGUCCGAGGCAAACAGCACAUUCAGAUCCCCAAGCUCUACACCUCCAGUGUGACCUGGGACCCACACCACUACAGGCUCGUGCAGGACUCACAGCCUUUGGACCUCAGCAAAGCCCUCAGCAGCAUGCACGCCAAGAACGUGUUCACCAUGAGGCUCAAAUCUCGGCAGAAUCUACAGAGUCCGACAUCCAGGUAA